AUGGCGGAGGGUUCCAGAGCGGAAACGGCUAAGAAGACUCGUCACGAGGAAACUAUGGAGGCCGUUAGAGCGGUGGAGGGUCAGGAUGAUGAUGCCUCUGGGGCUGGAGUUGUUCAGUCUACCUCUCCUGCCGCAUCGAGGGCGGCUCCGGCGACUUCGAAGGACACUCCCUCGCAAUCUGGCGUGAGGCCACAGACAGGAGUCCCAGCGGCUUCUGUGUCCGCAUCAGGAGGCGCGGUUGAGAAAGUGAUCUCCAUCCCUUCUGUCGAAGAGGAGGAGGCUGGGAAUAAAGAGGGGCCUACAGGCUCAGCUGAUCCUGCCCCUGAAGUCGCUUGCAAAGAGGAUCCUCCUUCUUGGGCGAGUCGCUCGUCUGGGGAGACGGGCGAAUUUGAGGAGAAUGACGACGUCCCGGUUCAUGAGACGUUAUCCAGUGAGGAAGAGGUGUUGGCUCGCGAGGAUGCGCCCGGCCAAAUAGAGAGAUCUCCUGCUCCUGCGGAAGCGUCGGCUGGGGAUCGUCCAUCAGCGCGAGAGUCUCCGCUUCGAAGGGAGGCUUCUACUCUGCAAGUGACCACUUCCUUGUCGGCGGCGGCCGUUGAUGCUGUGACCGCUGCUCCGAGGGCGUCAUUGGUCACACUGGCUUUGGCGGCGCCAAUCCCGACUUCUACGGUUAUGACCACAGGUACUUCAACCGUGAUUUCAUCCAUAGAGGAGGAGGAUGCCCUCUCUCCCUUGGAGCGCGAGCGAAAAAGGAGUGCAGCACGAUCCGUGGCUGAGUGCGGCACGAAUCCAUGCUGA